AUGAAGGCAGACACCGAGUUUCUGCAGGAUGAGCUGAACAGGAUAAUCUUAGACAGCCUAUUGGAGUUUAUCAGAAAGAGUGCCUCCACUUUCCAGCGGGGCACGGAUGACUGGGCAUCAGGUAUGAGAGCCAAUGAGAUUCCCACAGCUGCCCUAGUGCUUGGAGUGAAUGUGCCAAAUCAUGAAAUUACCUUCCAGAGCUCCUCUGACCAGCUGCAGCAGUCGGUGACUCCUUUUGUUGUCUCCAUACAAGCCAACGAGUGUGCAGCCCUGAAGCACCUGAUGCAGAGGGUUCUAGAGAGACUGAUGGGUGCUUGUGUGUCAGUGGAUGUUGAAGAGGAGGAAGAGCCUAAGCAACACAGUACCAAUGUUAACCAGAAGAGGGUGCACUGUUCCCUUGGCACGCUCUGUGACUGGUACAUUACUUCUAAUAAUUUGUCUGGCACCCCAGGCAAAAAGCGUACUUCUGUUGGCAAAGACAUGCAACAGCAUCCUCCCAUUUUAGUGAUCUUCAAAGACCUAGACGCUUUCAACCCUUGUGUGCUGUAUAAUCUCCCCGUUCUUUGCAACAGUCGGUACGUGGAGCAGUUUCCUCUGAUGUUCGUCUUUGGCAUCACCACAUCUCCCAGCACCAUUCAGCACAUGCUACCCAAGUCCAUAUCCUUUCUGCUGUGCAUUGAGCUCUUCCAGUCCCUGUCCUGCACCCAGCACCUGACCACUGUUACGAACAAGGUAAUCCUGACCCCACUGUUUCCUGUUAAGCCCAGUGGCAAGGUGCUGCAGGUGCUGGUCAGCAUCUUCCUCCACCACGAUUUCUCCGUACGCAACUUCAUCAAAGGCCUGCAGUUGGCUCUGCUGGAGCACUUCCACAGCCAGCCUCUGAGCGUGCUGUGCUGUAAGGAGGUGGCAGCCCUGGGCCAAGCCACUGAGCUCAGCCACGGCAUGUAGAGAAUCUAACAGCUGCCAUCCUUCAUGAGGUACGUAGAGAAGCAGGCUCCCCAGGAGCAAAUGGAGCUGUUGACCAGUGAUGACCAUGUGAAGGAAGUGUGUCAGAAACUACUGAAAGUUCUUCGCAAAUACCAUAAGAACUACUACCCCAUUCUGAGGUGUCUCCACGUUCUAACGUCUUCUCUACCUAAAUACCCUCUGAGGAAACCGAUAAGGGAUCUGCUCAUAUCCUGUUGGAGGCAGGGAGCUGUGGUGGAACACAAGCGACUGGGUUGA